AUUUCCAUAUCACAUUACUGGAGAGAGUCUUCGCAUUGAACAUUGGUCGUUUGCCGUGAAUACAGGUAGAGCCGUUGCAGAACUGAUAGCCAAAAACCGACUUGUACCAUUUAAAAGAAUUCCAUACUUUUGGAGCGCCCAAUAUGGUAAAAGUUUAAGAUAUGCUGGUUAUGCAAGCAGCUACGAUGAUGUGAUUGUGCAUGGAAGCUUGGAAGAAUUGAAAUUUGCGGUCUACUAUUCUCGUGGUGAUAAAGUUUUGGCAGUUGCCACAUUGGGAAAAGAUCCGGUAGCAUCCCAUUGUGCUGAAUUGUUAAGGCUCGGCCUACUUCCAAGUGCCACAGAAAUUCGAGCUGGCAAG